CUGCGCAGCCGCCUCUCCUUCGACCCGCCCGCCGAACGGCUUCUGUCCUUGCGUCCAACUCGCCAUUCACUAUAGAGCAUCCUCCUCUUCCACCACAACGCCGCCGCCAUGGCGCCCUCCCUCACAACCCACACCUCUUUCACGAGGCCGCGGACCAGCGACCGCGAUGCUCGUCCUGUAACCCGCGACCACAAUGACACCAACCUGAUCAUUCCCAGCCGCACCUCGUCGCUGCACUCGCGCAUCACUCAGCCGAUUCCUUCGACCCUCUCCGGCAAGCCUCAGCAGCGCACGCCCAAGACCCUGACCCAUGCAUACAUGGUCUGCGGUGUCGGUCGCGAGCCUUCCCAAUGGGUCAAGGCCCCGACACCCGCGCAGGGCAAGAUUGGCCACAUGAAGGGUGCUGUUGGCCAAUUCUGGCUGCCUGAGAUUCUGGGUAGCAGCCCCAGGCUCGAACAGGACAAUGAUAUUGCGCGGUCUCUGCACGCCGCCAUGCGGGCUUGCUUCCCCCACGACGUCGAGAUCUGCACAGGCCGCAGCCAGCCUCACUGCGUCCAUCACUCUUUCGUCCUUCAGCAGGAUUCUUCGCACACCUUGUAUGGUAUCUGUCUGCGUGUUUGGUCCAGGGCCGACGACAAGCGCGCCGAGACGAUCCGCGACCUCCGCAAGAGGACUGAGUCCGACUUCUAUGACAACCCGGAUGAGACUUACUGGAUCCCGUACUGCCUGUCGUUCCUUUCUCGCUAUCCGCUCUACAACUUGCUCGGAGACUACCUCCGUGGCAUGUGGAUUCACUGGAACAAGGCGACCAACCUCUUCCACGCCGAAGAGGUCUCGAGAAUAUUGAGCUUCCCAGCACCUCGCCUGAACGAUCUGGUUCGCAUCGACAUGAAGGACUAUGCUUUGUGCUACCAGUUUCCCUCUUCGCCAACGGGCUUCCAGAACUUCGCCAUGUGGCCACUGUGGUCUUGUCUCUCCGUUCCCAACAUUGUCGGAGUGAUCGAGGCCGCCAUGUCGCCUACUCGCCGCAUCAUCUUCACCAGCCACUACCCUGCCAUGCUGACCAUGGCUGCCGAAACGAUCCGAUUCUGCGUUCGUGUUUAUGAGUGGAGCGGUCUCUACGUCCCAGUGGUUCAUGCCCGCCAUGCCAAGGAGCUCGUCCAGGAGCCUGGCCCGUACAUUCUCGGCGUAACUGCCGAGUGCCGCUCGCUCUUUACCGCCCCCACCGACGCCCUCGUCGUUGACUUGGACCGCAACUUUGUCCUGACAUCUGACCCGCCCACGGCUCUUUCGCCUGGUCAACGCAACAAGUUUGUCAACCGCUUGACACAGGCUCUGAAUGGCGACGUCACCCCGUCUGGUGUUCCUCAGCACCUGCGCUCUGCCUAUGGCGGUGGCAAGCUCGUCCCCGCUGGUCAGAUCAUUGUCAUGCGUGGCGAGGUUGAGUCGAUUCAGGAUCCCGAGUGGUGGGACCAGGAUGCCAUCAUGGCCGUCAUGGACCACGUCUGCGAGAAGAUGGGCCGUAACUCUGGCAUCAAGGCCGUUUUUGGUGGCUCUGUGAAGAAGCCUCUGAUGACCAAGGUCUCGAUGCGACACCUCAACGAGAUUGUCAGAGAGCGCAACCAGUACUCGCGUGAUGCCAUGGAAGCUUGGCAAGACUUUAUCAAUCUCAAGGGUCGCAUGGACACAGAACUGCAGAAGGUUACGAAGCGCAACAACUAUCUGGUUGAGGAGCUCGAGAACUGGAAGCAGCAAUUCCUCAAGUUCCAGGCCUUUGCCGAGCAGCUCACAAAGGAGACCUCUGAUCUCAAGGUCAAGAUUGAGAACCACAAGCGUGAGAACCGCAGGCUUGCUGGCCUUAUUGACCAGCAGAAGGAUGACAACGCGCGCCUGUCUGUCCGCCUCACUGGCACCGAGAAGCAGCGCGAUGAUGCUUUGGAAGCUCUGGUUCUCCAGCAAGAGAUUGCCGAGGAGCUGGAGCGCGAGCGCAAGCGCAACAAGAAGGAGCUUGCCGCUCUCCAGAACACCAACAGCACCAUCCUUCGACAGCGUGACGAGGCUCGUCGCGUUGUCUUGCAUCUCCGCAGCUUGAUUGGUGGCCAGGCUCACCACAUGGAACACCUUGUCCAGUCUCUUACCAAGCCAGACGAUUUCGAGAUGGAGGGAGCUUACGAGGAGGAAGUUGUUGAAGCAUCAGACCGUCUGAGCCCUACGCGUGCCAGCAAGCGCCUUUCGACCAGCAGUUUCUCCGAUGUGGCCGACCGUCAUCUUAAGGACAAGACGGACGCGAUUGCACACAUCGUUCGCAACAUUGCCGAGCAGUGCCAGGCCGCCGUUGAGGGCCUGCAGCUGGCACACGACGCCGAGCUCACAAGGUCGCCCCGUCGCGACAGCGCCCUCUCCGCCGCCCACAGCGAGGACAGCCACGACCGCUCUGCGACCAACUCUGACGUCGGUGACGACAGCCACUUGCGCCCGUCAGGACGCUUCUCCAGCAUUCCCCCUACACCAGAUCUGAUUCCCAACCGGAGUAGCACAUCCAUGUCCAUCGCGUCGACGAUGACCACCCCUGAGCGCGCCAGCCAGCAGUACAAUGUUCACAGCGAAAUCCCCACAAAGAUUGUGGAGGAUGACGAGGACAACUACGUUGACCGUAGUGAGAACGAGGCCAUUGCUCACCACGAGCCUGGCCUUGUUGGCAAGCACGCCAACCUGAUGCACCGCCCGUCCGGUGCUCGCAUCAGCGCCCUUGGUAGUUCUCGCUAAGGAACUCACAAAGGCGCCUUGCUCUUAGCUCGUCACGUGGGAUGUUUGACUCUCUUCUUUCUUGUGCAAAAUAUGCAUGCGGUCCUGUUUAUACCUGAGGUUGACGAGAUUAAUCGCCGCGUCA